CUCUGCUGCCUUUCCACACGCAUUAAUACACACACUUUUCUUCUGUCGUGGCCUGCCACCUCUCUACGUUGAGAUAAAGGACUGGCUCCUCCUGUCUUGCCAUCGUUCCCUCUACGCUGAAGUGGAGAUUAGUUGUACCGACCAACGAAAGGACCCCGCAGCCUUUCCUCCCCUCUUCACCCAACUCAACAACUACGAAGACUCUAGGAUAGCGAUCCCAUACGGAAAUCCCUAGACCCAAGCCUUUACAAACAACUCUAUAUUUUAUCAAACACACACAUAGGUGAUCGCGAGCCCGCAAGAUCAGCCACGAUGUUGAAGAUAUGGUCUAUGAAACAACAGCAGCAGCAAGCUGAAAAUGCCGAAGGAGCUGCCGGUAAAAAGAAGAAGAAGGUCACCGCCGCUCAGCUGCGCGUGCAACGAGACCUGCAAGAACUCACCCUCGGAAGUACAAUGAAAAUGUCCUUCCCGAACCCAGACGACAUCCUAAACUUCACUCUCACUAUCGAGCCGGACGAGGGCAUGUACAAGGGCGGCGCUUUCCACUUCAACUUCACGGUCAACCAGAACUUCCCGCAUGAUCCGCCAAAGGUCAAGUGUACGCAGAAGAUCUAUCAUCCGAAUAUUGAUCUCGAGGGAAAUGUGUGUUUGAAUAUUCUCAGGGAGGAUUGGAAGCCCGUGUUGAAUUUGAAUGCGGUUAUUGUGGGGAUGCAGUUCCUCUUCCUCGAACCGAACGCUUCCGAUCCGCUGAACAAGGAGGCCGCCGACGAUCUGAGACAGAACCGGGAGGCGUUCAAGCGCAAUGUUAGGACAUCGAUGGGUGGUGGUAGUGUGAGGGGGAUACAGUAUGAGCGCGUUAUGCGGUGAAUGGUGGACCAGCCUGGCCUGCCCUGUGUGGUUGGUAGGUGGUAGUUGAUAUUAGUUGCUCUUGCCUGAUGGGCAUGGGGUAUAAUGCGGGUGGUGGAUGCUGUGUGUGUGUCUGUGUUUGUGUGUUGAUUAGGGGAGUUUUACGUGCAUGGCCUACAUUUCCACUUGGAUUAAUUAGCGACUGGAUAGAUUCCCUGCUUAUGAAUGAAAGAAAUG